AACAGUCAAGCCGCAAAGCCAACAGUCAUACCGUCGACGGUAGAAAAGUAUUGAAUGUGUUUGUAUUUUGUGAGCAUACAUCUGGUGAUUUUUUCCGGAAACAAUCCGGAUAAAUUGUGAGGACGUGCGCUUGCAAAACCAAUCCAGGUGCUUUGGAGCCGUUGCUGUUCACCGUCGCCACGCGAGUGACACAUGGAGUUCUAUGUGAAGCGUAAAUCUAGUAAAAUAUUGGAGUAAUCAGUGGUGUUAACCUAAACCUACUCCCCAAUCAAACCUUACCUGCCCGUCACCGUCGAUCGUAUUUAAUUCAGCAUUCUUGACGGUGGCUCCUUCUAGUAAACUAGCAGGACUAUUUACAGGCUUCGAUUCUGGUGAAUAGCAGUGUUAUAAUUCUGCCAUUGAAAAGCUAAACAAGUCUAGGAUAAAAUGACGAAAGCAUCAAGUAACACGGACGAUAAUGGCUAUUUAACCAAGCAACAUCUUGCCGGAUUUGAUAGUUAUAAGUACAGCGCUCGAGAUACCUCACCUCUCAGUAUUUACCUGAUGCACCCAUUUUGGAACUGGCUUGUGGAGUACUUUCCAAAAUGGGUCGCACCAAAUUUGAUGACAUUCGCUGGAUUUCUCUUCACAGUGGUAAAUUUUGUGAUGCUCUCGUGGUACGAUUGGGGUUUCUGGGCUAGCACAGAAUUGCCUGGAACCAAACCGAUACCCAAUUGGUUCUGGGUAGUAGCAGCCAUCAAUAUCUUUCUCGCGUACACGCUGGAUGGAAUCGACGGUAAACAGGCCCGUCGGAUAGGUUUGUCUGGUCCGCUGGGAGAGCUGUUCGAUCAUGGGCUGGAUUCGUAUUCGGCGUUUUUCAUCCCAGGCUGCUUGUACAGCAUUUUUGGUCGAGGAGAAUUAUCGGUACCCCCGAUUCGGAUGUACUACAUUAUGUGGACGAUCUUCUUCAAUUUUUAUCUUUCACACUGGGAAAAGUACAACACGGGAGUUUUGUAUCUACCGUGGGGGUACGAUUUAGGAAUGUGGGGUUCCGUGCUGAUGUAUCUAGCGACGUGGAUGUACGGGUUUCAAAUGUGGAAGACGGAAUUGCCUGGAGGUGUUUCAGCUGGUCAAAUGAUGGAACUCUGCUUACACGUCAGCGCAAUGUCAAAUCUGCCUAUGGUUGUGUACAAUAUGUACCACUCUUACAAGGAUCGUACCGGUAAAAUGCGUUCUCUUAAAGAAGCCCUGCGGCCACUGUUUACGUACGGCACGUUCAUGUUUGUGUCCCUGCUGUGGGUGUUCAUAUCUCCGAAUGAUAUUAUGAACAAGGACCCUCGAGCGGUUUACAUUCUAAGUGGAACCAUCUUCAGUAAUAUAAGCUGUCGACUGAUUGUCUCUCAGAUGUCCAACACGAUUAGUGAAACUUUUAAUUGGAUGACCGGUGUGCUGUGCGUUUCGCUUCUGAUGAGCAUUGUGAUGCCUGCUAUUGAACGUCCGCUUCUCUAUAUCCUUGUCGUCGGUUCUUCUCUUGCACACUGGCAUUACGGAACGGUUGUGGUUCAGCAAAUGUGUGAACAUUUCAAUAGGACAUGCUUCAAAGUAACCAAAGCGAAAGAAAUUGAACAGUAGAGUCUAAACCGAUAAACAAGGAGUUGCAUCCCAUGGUAUACGACUCGUAUUAAAGUGCAUUGGUAGAAUCAGCUUAGACAUCACAAUUGUAUAAAGAAAAAAGUAUUUGUUUUAGAUAGGACGCAUAUACAAAGAGACCACCCUUAUAUUGCCGUAAUAAUUUAUUUUAGCCGAUUAGUUAUCUCACGUUUCAGAAUAAACUCAGUAUCCUCCUUUCUGAAACCAGCUAUUCCGUUUUAAUCCUCACAACUCUCGAAUGAUUUUAGUGCCAGUUGACUCUUAUCGGAGAUUAUAAGAUUUUCAUAUAAAUAUAAUAUUCGGUUGUCCAAACGUAAGACAAAUGCUCCAAAGAAUAACAAAUAAGACGAACAGCAUAAAUAAGUACAGCAGCAACGAACAAGAAACAUUUCUAGCAGAACAGCAUUAAAUAGGAACACUUGUUAACUUGAAUUGUCGAUAUUUAACAUCAUGGCAAUAAAGUACACGUGUAGAAUAGCGAUAUCAUUGUGAGUAUUUUGCAAAUUGGAUUGCUAUUCAAGAAGUCUGCCGUAGUUUGAAGCAUAUAAUUCAUUUUAUUUCUUUGUGCCAUUCUAGUAUUCUUUAUUUCAUCUAUUAUUACACUAGUCCUAUGUCCAGUUAUUCAAGCUAUAUAUAUAUAUAUAUAUAUAUAUAUAUAUAUCACGAAGAAAGCAAACUAACGUGACGAUAGCGAGAGGCUAACAACUGUGAUGCAAAAGAAGCAGCUUAGGAACAAAAUCUUUUUCGUGUGUUUGAAUAACUUUAACUGAACUAUACAAUGUAUAUAAGCAUGUUACCGUCUAAAAAAUAAUACAAAUGAUAAAUAAUACUUCCGUAAAUAAGAUAUUCUAACAGUUAAUGCAGGGAUUGACAUACAGUGCUGUUCUACGGAUAAUUGGCCCAUGUAUAUCGGAAUUUGUAUAGAACAUGGUACAAAUAUGCGUAUAAUGGCAUACAGUUGCGUAAGUAUGCCUCAAGUUAGUUAUUGUUUAAAGUAGUGAACUUUUGACAUAGGCAUUACAGCACUGAAACAUGUUUAUGUUGCCAUAUAUGUCGAUAUCUGGUCUCUUGUGAAAUUUCAUUCUAGCUUAUAAUACCUACUGAUAUACGUGUAGCACCAACGCCCGUGUACUCAUGCGUUUCUAUCCCUCUACUCUAUUUGAUCGCGCACGAAUGGAUGAAAAUGACCCACAACUAGUAUUUUGUAGGUACGUUAUCCUUUUAGUUGUGAAUUAAGUCGUUUAAUUAUGUUGUGCUGUAAGAGGCAAUUUUUGUAUAUUAUCAAGUGAACAAUUGAAAGAACGAUA